AUGGCAUCAGUAGAUAGCCUUACGGCUGCUUUCUACGACAACGAGCAGUAUUCCGACAUCAUCAUCAAGUUUGGCGAACAUCAAAUCCGCGCACACAAAGUCAUUCUCGCUCAGCAAUCUGGAUACUUCGCAACUGCGUUUCUCGACGAUCCUCAACUGCUUACAGAUGUGAUCAAAUAUCUGUACCACCAUGGACCUAUCUUCGACUACAACAAAGGUCCAGAUCGCCUAUCGAUGGGCCAACUUAUCAAUGCCUACUUGCUGGCUGACAAGUACGACAUCCGAGGACUUCGUCGCACGAUGGCCAUGGCUUUCAAUGAAAUGGCACUCAAAGAUCUUCGGGAACUGCCCCUGACCAUACAUCUCUGCCAGGAAUAUUCUUCGUCACUGUUCAAGAACGAAAUGUUUCUCCAGAAGUAUAUGAAAGGAGAGUUGUUUGACAACAAACAUGCGUCUGCUUUCGGCAUUAAACUCGGGAAGUAUAUGCUUAAGUCCAAGAACAUCCCUCAUGAAGAAGCCAAUCGCCUCUCGAAAGAUUGGACUUACAGUCUGAUUGGAGUCGAGGCGAGACAGAGGAACACAAAGAAUUUCUUCGAUGAUAAGAGAUUCUCUGACGUCUGCAUCACUUACGGCGUUGACAAAACGAUUGUGGCUCACAAAAUUAUUCUCGCAACUCACUCACGCAAGUUUGCGUUGAUGCUCGCGGACUCUUCUAAGAGUGCAGAGAUUGAUCUCAGGAAUGAAAACAGCUCCGCCGCGGUCGCAACUUUCAUCGAAGACAUGUAUAUCCCCGAGUACCCGGUUCCCGACAUCAAGCAAGAUCCAUCAUUCUUCGCUGAACUUUACCUGCUUGCAAAAAAGCAUGGACGCGACGAUGUGGCUCGCACUUAUCUGAGGCGCUUCAAUUCCACAAUGUAUCAAGAGCCGUUCGCAGACAAAUACCUUUCUUACAUUACAGAUUUCUGUGGGCCAGGUUCAUGCAGAUACACCGACACAGACCUUCCAGAAGUGGCUUUCGACAAUAUUCUAGAUCGCGUGUUCGAGCUCAAAGAAGAAGGAGCCACAAAGGCGCCUUGCAAAUCAUUCGCGCAAAAACUCAAAGACGGAUCGCUGUUCAACACUGUGUUCAUGGUGCGCCUUGCUAACGAGAUGACUUCACGUUAUCUGAAUUGGAGAUCAGAAUCGGAGUCAUCGAACUCGGAUGACAAUUGA